CAGCCGCGCGGAGCCCCCCCCCGGCAGUCCCCAAGCGAGCCGCUCCCUGCCCGCAGCGCACGGGGACAGCUGCAGCGCCACCGCAGAGGGACGCGGAGCCACGGGAACAAUAGCAAAUGCGCGCAGCGAGGGGCGCACGGCCGCGUUGGACUUCUCCCAGCCCAGGGACAGCUGGCACGGCUGACGGGCAGCGCGCUGGCAUGCAUCGCUCGUCCCCACUGAUGUCACCCCGUCGCUUGGGGAGCGUGCGGGGAUGCGUGCUGCGCUGGGAUACGGGGCUGCGUGGGGACAGGCGCUGCUGAGGAGCCCCCACCCCAACGUAUCACCCCUCUGAUCCGCAGCCCCCCUCCCCAUGAGGCCACCGCUUCUGCCGCUGCUCGUCCUGUGGGUGCCGCGGCUCCUGGGGACCCUGGCGGAGGGAGAGGGCUGCAAUGGGACAACGCGGGCAGGGCUGGAGGCACGGGAUGCACCUGGUGACAGAGGGCUGAUCCUGAAUGUCAGUGCAAGUGACCAGGGCCGGUCAGGUUCACUCCUGCUCUCCUGGGAUGAGCCAGAGGGGGGUGCUGAGGGCUUUUCGCUCACCCUCUCCCCGCUGGGGUCGGGCACACUGCUGCAGAAUGGAUCGGUGGGACCCAACGUCACCAACUUCUGGUUCCAUGGGCUGACCCCUGGCACAUACUAUGAGAUUGAGGUGACAGCCACGCUGCACUGCAUGGACACUGCCAGGCAGACAGUCACAGCACAGACAAGUCCUUCACCCGUCCGCAACCUGAGCCUGAGCAGCGGCGGCAGCCCGGCCUCACUGCAGGCCUCCUGGGCAGCCGGCAGCGGGCAGCGGGACGGUUAUCAGCUCAGCCUGUACCACAGCGACUCACAGACGCUGGUGAGAAAUGCGUCCGUCCCACCCAACGCCACCGCCUUCCUGUUUGAUGGGUUGGCUGCUGGCAGUGAGUACGCCCUGAAGGUCAGCACACUGGCUGGGGCUGGGCAGGCGAGCACCAGCACCCACCAGUGGACAGCACCCUCCAUCCCCACCCAGCUGAGGCUCAGCCCCAGCUCCAGCACCAGCCUCUCAGCCACCUGGGUGGGCGCAGGGGGGGCUGCCUGGCUGCACCUCGUGCUCCGCAACCUCCACACCCAGACGGUGACCAAGACCCUGUCAGCCAAGAGAGGCCUCACCAGCUACAGCUUCCAGCAUCUCCAGCCUGGCACCCAGUACUGGCUGGGGCUGAGCGCCGUGGCCGGGCCCUACACCGUGGAGGGGCCCAAUGCCACAGCAUGGACAUACCCCCUGAGCCCCACCAACGUGACGCUGAGUGGUGCGGAGGAGCAGAGCUCCCUGCAGGCUCACUGGAGCACCCCGGCUGGACAGAGGGACUUCUACCUGGUGACACUGCGGGAGGAGGAGGUCGGUGCUCCCACCAGGAACAUCUCCGUCGGGGGAGACAACGGCCACGUCACCUUCCAUGGGCUGAGCCCCGGCACGCAGUACUCUGUGCAGGUGACGGCGGUGGCUGGGCCUUACCGAGCUUCUGCCCGCAGCGCGGCAGCCUGGACACAGCCGCUCCCACCGUCUGCUUUGAGCCUCUCCAGCCACGGCAGCCCCUCCAGCCUACGAGCCAGCUGGGAAGAGGCCAUGGGAGAGGGCUACAUGUUGGCUCUCAGCCCCACAGAGAGCCCCGUGAAGAACAGCUCUCUGCUCAGAGGUGCCACCAAUGUCACCUAUGAGGGCCUUCGCCCUGGGACCCUCUACACCUUUGAGGUCAGCACCGUGGCUGGUCCCUACACCUCUACACCCCGGCGCAUCACCAACUGGACAUAUCCUUUGCCCCUGGAGCAGCUGACGCUCAGCAAUCAGGGCUGCAGCACUUCUCUGCAAGCAGCCUGGAGAGCAGCGCCCGCGGGCAGCACUGGCUACACAGGCACCCUGUGGGAGAGCAGAUCUCAGGAGCGGGUCAGAAACGUGUCUGUGGGGAACAACUGGACGAAUGUCACCUUUGAGGACCUGGUCCCUGGGCGACAGUACACACUGGAGAUGGCUGCUAUGGCUGGGCCUUACAGAUCCAGCGUGCGGUCAGCCACAGACUGGACAUACCCGCUGGCUCCAUCCGGCGUCACCCUGACCAACACCCGGCGCCCGCUGGGACUCUCAGCCUUCUGGGACAAGGCUGCAGGCGACGUGGACCAGUUCCACCUCCAGCUCUACAGCAAGAGCCAUCCAGCGCAGAGGAACAUCUCUGUGGGGCCAAACAUCCACAACUUCACCUUCCUGGGGCUGUCCCCUGGCGUGCAGUACUUCCUGAAGGUGUCCGUCCUCGCUGGCCCCUACCGAUCCUCGUCACACUUUGCCACCGAGUGGACAUAUCCGCUGUCUCUGGCUAACGUGAGCGUGCAGCCUGGCCGGAGACCACAGGAGCUGCACGUGAGCUGGGUGGAGUCAGGUGGUGGCCGAGAGCAUUUGGUGCAGCUCUCGGUGGCAGAGUCCCUGUCCAUCAUCAGGAAUGUGUCUGUGCCCCGUGGUGUCACCCACCUGGACCUGGAGGGGCUGGUGCCGGGCUCCCGGUACCGAGUGGAGAUCAUUUCUCAGGCUGGGCCUCAUCGUAUCUCCUCUCAGACUGCCAUCGGCUACACAGUCCCGCUACCUCCACUCUCCCUGUCUGCCAGCCCUGUGGGCGCUGCCUGGGCUCUGGCUGUGCACUGGGAGACCCCUCCAGGGCAGAGGGACGGAUACCUGCUCAGCGUGCUGGAGGAAAGCUCCUCCUCACCAGCAAGGAACCUGGAACUGGGGAAGGACAGCACCAACAUCACCCUGACACAGCUGACACCGGGAGCGUGCUAUCUUGUUGGGAUCUGGGCAGUAGCUGGAGCCUUCCGCUCCCUCCCCAGGAAUACCACUGGCUGCACAGUUCCUGCUGCUCCAACAAACCUGAGCCUGACCAACCCAGGCAGCUCCUCUGAGCUCCACGCGCGGUGGAACAAACCCCUCGGCAGGAGGGACCACUACCGUGUUGUUCUGCACAGCCUCACCCAGAGCAGAGAUCGGGUGCAGACCGUGAGCCAGGAUGCCCAGAACAUCAGCUGGACUCACCUGGAGGCAGGCAGCAGGUUUGCUGUGCAGGUCAUUGCUGUCAAAGGCUCUUUGGAAGCCUCUUCUGCCAACGUCACCCAAUGGACAUAUCCCUUGGCCCCUGCCAACCUCACCCUGGGCAGCCCCUCAGCCUCAGCACUGCGCGCAUCCUGGGCAGCCAUGGCACGAGGAGCAGAGCGUUACGUGGCAGAGCUGUAUGACGCAGCCUCCAGCCGCCGUGUUGGACACGCGGUGCUGGCUGGGGGUGCCAGGAGUCACAUCUUCCAUGGCCUGAACCCCGGCACUCGCUACAGCGUGGCAGUGAGAGCUGCAGCUGGGCCCUACCACACCAGCACCCCCAACCUCACCCACUGCACACGCCCGCUGCCCCCGACUGCCGUGCGCCUGCUGAGCACCGGGCACCCCGACAGGCUGAGCGCGUCCUGGAGGGCUGCAGCCGGGGGGCACGAUGGCUACAUCCUGACCCUGUACCAUGCUUUGCUGGGCACCACGGCAGCCACGGCCUCAGCUGGGAGGGACACCCAGAACAUCACCUUCACGGGGCUGGCCCCAGGGUACGAGUACUCCCUGGAGGUCAGUGCCACGGCUGGACCAUACCAGACAGCAGCGCCCAACGUCAGUGGUUGGACACCCCCGCUGCCCCCGACUGCCGUGCGCCUGCUGAGCACCGGGCACCCCGACAGGCUGAGCGCAUCCUGGGGGGCUGCAGCCGGGGGGCACGAUGGCUACAUGCUGACCCUCUACCAUGCCUUGCUGGGCACCAGGACAGCCACGGCCUCAGCUGGGAGGGACACCCACAACGUCACCUUCACGGGGCUGGCCCCAGGAAGCAAGUACUCACUGGAGGUGGCCUCCAUAGCUGGGUCCUACCGGACACCUGCGGGGAACGUCAGCAACUGGACAUAUCCCCUGCCGCCCCGUAACGUGUACAUGACAAACCAAGGGUACCCCAAUAGACUGAGUGCGUCCUGGAGGGCCGAACCGCAGGGACACGACGGUUACAGGCUGCUCCUGUACCACUCGGGGUCGGGUGUGUUGGCAGCCAGCACAUCUGUUGGGAAAGGCAUCAGCAAGUUCACCUUUUCUGGCCUGGAUCCGGGACACAAAUACCUGCUGGAGGUGAUGUCUGUGGCAGGGCCCUAUGCAGCCUCCGCAGGGAACAUCAGCGACUGGACGACCCCCUCAGUUCCCCAAAAUGUCUCUGCGGUGGCGGAGGGGAACAGCACAGUGCUCAUCUCCUGGGGCAGCACCCCUGGGCAGCAGGACGACUGCCAGCUGUGGCUGCGGGACCCCCGGAACGGCUCAGUGCCACGGCGGCACGCACUCACCAAGGGGCAAUUCCAGCACCUCCUGCACGGGCUGACCCCAGGCAGGAACUACUCCGUGUCCCUGAGCUGCGUGGCCGGGCCCUAUUGGAGCAGCACCAGGCCCUUGGCGGUGGCUAUGGAUCCAAACCCUGUGGAGGAUGUGCAAUGCCUACCAGAGUCGAGGAGCCUUUUUGUGAACUGGAGCGGCCCUCCUGGAGACGUGGAGGCUUACGAGGUGGUGACAGAGGGGCUCUCGGACAGCCCCCCCACCCCCAAGCAUUCUGUGAGCGUUCUCGUGAGCCAGGCCAGCCUGGAGAGGCUGCAGCCAAACUCCUCCUACCGAAUCGCUGUGAGCACUGUGGGCAUCAAUGCCAUGAGGAGCCCGGCUGUCACUCUGCUCUGCAACACAACAGCAGAGGCUCUUCCCCCGCCCCUGCGAGCAGAAGUCUUCCAGGUAGAGGCCAGCUCCACCGUCAUCAUUUCAUCUGACCUGUUCAGCGAGGAGAACGGCCAAAUUGAGUACUAUGGAGUCGUUGCUACCACUAAUGACUCACUGCUGAGGCCCACCCAGGACGUCAUGUCCAGCACAUGGUACGACCAUUACUACGGGACGGAGGACUCCUACCUGGCUGUGCUCAUCCCCAACCCCUUCCACCCGAGCUCCAUCCAAUCCACUGAAACCUGGCGAGUGCCCGUGGGGACAGAGGAGUGCGGCCGGACCCGGGCGAUGUGCAAUGGGAAGCUGAAAGCCAACGAGCAGUACAGGUUCAGCAUCGCUGCCUUCACCAAGUACGACCCUGUCACCCCUGCAGUGUCAUUCACCACGUUCUCGGCUGCUGGAGGUAGCAUGGACACAGCUCCGCUCCCAGUGCCAAUAAUAGCUGGAAUCAUCGUGGGAUUUCUCCUGACAUUGGCUGCUAUUUUUGCUUUGGUCUACUGGAAGCAGCUCAGAGCGAGGAGGACACAGAAGAGCAGCCUGCCCCAGGAAAUGGUGACCUACAGCUUGAGAAAUGUCCACCGGCCGAUCCCCAUACAGAACUUCAAGCAGUACUAUGAGAUGAAGACAGCAAGUGGUAGCCACGCUUUUUUCCAGGAGUUUGAGGAGCUGAAGGAGGUUGGGAAGGAGCAGCUGAAGGUGGGGGCUGAGCUCCCAGCCAACGUCUCCAAGAACAGAUACCCACACGUGCUGCCCUACGACCACUCUCGGGUCAGGUUGAGCCAACUGGGGGACGACCUGCACUCAGACUACAUCAACGCCAACUUUGUGCCUGGCUAUACGUCCCCGCAGGAGUUCAUUGUCACCCAAGGGCCCCUGAAGAAAACCAUCGAGGACUUCUGGAGGCUGGUGUGGGAGCAGAACGUCUGCAACAUCAUCAUGCUGACGGUGUGCAUGGAGAACGGGCGGGUUCUCUGUGAUCACUACUGGCCGUCUGAAGCUGCCCCCAUCUCCUACGGGCAGCUCCGGGUUCACCUGCUGUCUCAGAGCAGUGCUGAGGAGUGGACCAUGCGUGAGUUCAAGCUGUGGCAUGAGGGCCUCCGGGCAGAACGGCACGUGUCCCACCUGCACUACACUGCAUGGCCUGACCACGGGAUCCCAGAGUCCACAACAUCCAUUCUGGCCUUCAGGGAACUGGUGCGGGAGCACAUCCAGAGCGCCAAGGAUGCUGGGCCGACCCUGGUGCACUGCAGUGCUGGGGUGGGCCGCAGCGGCACCUUCAUUGCUCUGGACCGGCUGCUGCAGCAGAUGAAGCAGGAGAAGGUGGUGGACAUGUUUGGUGUGGUCUACACCCUGCGGAUGAACCGCUACCAGAUGAUCCAGACGUUGUCCCAGUAUAUUUUCCUGCACAGCUGCAUCCUGGACAAGAUCUUGGAGGAACCACUCCUGGGUUUAUCAGGGACAGAGACGUCCUGCCCCGUCCCACUGAAAAGCUUUGCACAGCACUACUGCCAGAACUCAGCCAAGUCCAACGUGGGCUUCUUGAGGGAAUACGAGACCCUCCUGGAGGUUGCUAAGGAAGAAACCAGCUCUGCUACACCAUCAUUGGGCACCCAGCAAACACGGCCCUCAUCCAGCAUCCUGCCGUAUGAUCGCUCCAGAGUGAAGUUUUCCCUGCUGGACCAAGGCCCUUUCUCAGGUCUGCAGGUGUGGCGCGUCCCGGGCUGCAGCUCCAGCAGAGACUAUCUGGCUGUGCAGGGGCCUGACAAGCUGACCACGGAGGACUUCUGGACGCUGGUGUGGGAGCAGGACAUUCACACCAUCCUGACGCUGCUGCCGUGGCAGGAGAUGGGGGAGAUCCCACAUGACGUGUGCUGGCCGCUGGAAGGAGACUCUCUCUGCACAAAGCUGCUGACCAUCCAGUGCGGCAUGGAGAAGCCUGCCUCGGGCUGGAGGUGUAUCCAGCUGAAAGUGAAGCACGAGAAGAAAGGAAAGGAGAGGCAGGUGCAGCAGUUCCUGUACAGGCUGUGGAGCAACAAGGAGCAGCCAAAUGUUGAGAGCUUGGUGGAGCUCCUCGGUGCCAUCAGGCGGUGCGUGCCCAGCAGGAAGAGAGCCAGCCCUCUCCUUCUGCACUGCAGUGGUGGUGAGAACCAGAUGGGGACACUGAUCGCCCUGGAUUGCCUGCUGCACCAGCUGAAAACAGAGAGGACUGUGGAUGUCUAUGGGGUGACCCUCCAGCUGAUGAGAAGCUGCUGCCUCAUGACCCCCACGCUGGACCAGUACGUGUUCCUGUACACCUGCAUCCGGGACAUCAUCACUCAGAAGCAGCCCUGAGGCCCCUUGGUGCUUCCCGGCAGCAUCCUGCCCUCUGAGUGGGAGCACUGAGUGGCUCCUGGCACAGCAUGAGCCCUGCAGCAAGAGGGAGACCCAACCUGGCGCUGUCACCCCACUGUCAGCAUGGGACGCCCGGGCAGCCUCAGGAAGCACUCCUCUGCCUUGCUGGGGGUGGGAGGUGGGAUGCUCCCCCUCUGCUCACCUUCUGAGCUCACUGGUGCCCGGGAUGCUGACCCGGCUGUAGCGCUGGGUGGCCCCAGGGUGGAGAGUGCUGAGCUCUGCAGCACUGAGCGUGGUCUGGGCUGAUGGAUCAGCGUUGGGUACAGCCAAUAAACAGCCCUGGGAAAGAG